GCACCCCCAACACCUCCACACCCUCCUGGACCUGUCUAUUUGGCCCUCUUCGAGAGCUCCUCAAAGGCAACCUGCCGUCUCUCAUUCACCAUGAGCAGCUCACAAUGCUUGCGCCGUCUGGCUCGCAGCUCUCCUCGUCCCAACACCUUGCGCCAACCUCUCGCAACCACGAGUAGAGCAGCACAAUCAUAUACCGCCACUCGAUACCUCUCUUCGUCCUCCUCUUCAUCUGCGCCAUCAAUAUCCCUAAGGCCGCUUCAACAGUCACAAAAGCUGUUUUCACCUCUGCAGUUGCGCCAAUUCAGCUUGUCCACGCAACGAUGGGAAGAGCAAGUCGUCAAGGUGCCCGAAAUGGCCGAGUCCAUCUCCGAGGGAACCCUCAAACAGUUCUCAAAACAGGUCGGCGAUUAUGUGGAGCUGGACGAGGAGAUUGCCACAAUCGAGACCGACAAGAUCGAUGUUGCUGUCAACGCGCCUGCAGCGGGUACCAUCAAGGAGUUUUUGGCAAAUGAAGAGGACACGGUCACUGUGGGGCAAGAUCUCGUGAGACUAGAGCUGGGUGGUGAGCCAGGUGAAAAGAAGGAGACUGCAAAGUCGGAGCCAAAGGAAGCUGCGUCAGGCGACCAAAAGACACCACCUUCGCAGGAGGGCUCACCACAGAAUGCGGAAAGCCAGCAGCCCAAGUCAGAGUCCAAGCCUGAGCCUAAGAAGGAGGAACCCAAACCUGAGCCAAAGAAAGAGACGAAACCAGCGCCAAAGAAGGAGGAGCCCAAGAAGGAGCAGACCGAAUCACCUUACGGCACUCGAUCGGAGAACAGAGUCAAGAUGAACCGCAUGCGUCUGAGGAUCGCUGAGCGCCUGAAGCAGUCGCAGAACACUGCCGCUUCGCUCACCACCUUCAACGAGGUCGACAUGUCGCAACUGAUGGACCUGCGUAAGAACUACAAGGAUGAAAUCCUCAAGAAGACAGGCGUCAAGCUUGGCUUCAUGAGCGCAUUCUCCAAGGCUGCUGUGCUGGCUAUGAAGGAUGUUCCUACUGUGAACGCAGCUAUUGAGGGUCCAGGAGGCGGUGACACCAUCGUGUACAAGGACUACGUGGAUAUCAGCGUUGCUGUUGCAACUGAAAAGGGUCUCGUCACUCCUGUUGUGCGCAAUGCAGAGAGCUUGGACAUGGUUGGCAUCGAAAAGGCCAUUGCUGACCUCGGGAAGAAGGCACGCGACAACAAGCUCACGAUCGAAGACAUGGCUGGCGGCACCUUCACCAUCUCCAACGGCGGUGUCUUCGGCUCCAUGUUUGGAACCCCUAUCAUCAACCUUCCCCAGACUGCGGUACUCGGACUCCACGCUAUCAAGGACAAGCCCGUAGCUGUCAACGGCAAAGUCGAAAUCCGCCCCAUGAUGUACCUUGCCCUUACAUACGACCACAGAUUACUUGACGGCAGAGAAGCUGUGACCUUUUUGGUCAAGAUCAAGGAAUACAUUGAGGACCCCAGAAAAAUGCUCCUCGCAUGAUAGAUAAGCCAGCGUGUAUUGUGUCUCGUUUCAUGUAGCAUUUUCACUGUACAAAACCAUCACGUUCUGCAAACGCCUCGAUUCACGUCGACCAUGCAAGUGCCGCACGAUCUUCCAAGCAUGCAUUGGGGUUGAUUUCAAGCAUUUGUCGGACCAUCAGUAGUAGCAUUGCCCACAAUUCGAUAUACCUC